AUGAAGGCUUUAGAAUUAAAAGCAAUCUUAAUUGUGUUCGCGAUAACUUAUAACAACGGAAUGGCACGUCCAAUGAUUGACAACAGUAUAGAAACAAGGAAUGAAAUAAGCAGCGAUGAACUCGAAAGUCUUGGUGGGAUAUUCAAUAUUCCCACGCCUUUGAAAUCAGGAUUUACAAUAUCAAUAAACGGAACACUAGAUACAAAUGAUAAAUUGUUUAAGGUUGUAUUGCGUGGUAACGAGGAGAGGGAGGAUGAUUGCAAAAUCGUGUUUGAAUUUGAAAGUGGAUAUAUUAGUACAUCGAAGACAGUGCUUUUAGAGCGGGAAGAAUAUGUUCUCAAUGGACAAAAAGGAAAAAUAUUUGAGCUACGAAUAAGAGCGCGAUCACAAGAAAUGGUGUCUGUCACUUUGCAAAUAAACAACCUCGGACAAAGCUCUGCCUUACUUUGUGAUAUACCAAACCACAAAAACAUCAAAUUUAUUGAAAUACAGAAAGGCGUUGCACGGACAGACAGAUUUUGUUAUUCUAAUUCAGUUGGAAUUCAUUAA